CAUUGCUACGCAUUAAACAUUAAGCAAGCGGCUGCAGAGAGUAGCAGAACACCAGACGAUAAUACUGUAGCGAGAGGCACCUAUCAAAGAUCCAGUGAUCAAGAGAUCCAGUGUGAUCCAGAGUGAACAAGAAGUGAUCAAUCCUGUUUCCAUGGCGUCUGAGCAGCAGGGGGGUGAUGAGUCCUCUCUCCCCAGGGAAGAGGCUGUGUGCCCGGGCUGUCAGGGCUCAGGGCCCCUGGUCCUGCCGUGUGGUCACAGCCUGUGUGAAGCCUGCCUGGGGCUGUGUGAGGGUGAGCUGGGCCAGGGUGGCUGUACGGUCUGCUACGGCAGAGACCUGCUGGACUGUGUCCUGAAGAGACUGCUGGACUCCCUGUUCCAAGGGCAACCGCGGCGGGCCAGAGAUGGAGGGUUAGAGGAUGGGAGCGGGGUGCUGUGUCCACUACACGGGGAGAGGCUGACGUUGUUUUGUGUGGAGGACGAGGAGAUGGUGUGUGUGGAGUGUCAGAGCGAGGAGCACGACGACCACGAGUGUUGUCCCGCGGAGGAGGCCGUGCACGACUGCAAGAGGGAGCUGACCUCUGCCCUGAGACCUCUACAGGAGAAGCUGGAGGCUCUGAACACCGUCAAACAGACCUGUGAGGAGUCAGCUGAACACAUCAAGAGCCAGGCACAGCAGACUGAGCGUCUGGUGCAGCAGGAGUUUGAGAAGCUGCACCAGUACCUCCGAGACGAGGAGGCUGCUGUGAUCUCUGCUCUGAAGGACGAGGAGGAGGAGAAGAGCCAGAGGAUGAGGGACAGGAUAGACGGAAUAACAGACCAGAUCAACUCUCUAGCCGAGGCCAUCGAGGUGACGGUGGAGGCCAUGGACACUGACGAUGACGAAUCCUUCCUCAAGGACUUCAAGAGGACCUCUGAGAGGACUCGGGUGACAGUGCAGGAGCCGGAGGAGGUGUCAGGAGCUCUGCUGGACGUGGCCAAACACCUGGGCUGUCUCAACUACAGAGUCUGGGAGAAGAUGCAGGACAUCAUUACAUACACUCCUGUGACUCUGGACCCCAACACAGCUGAUAUCUGCCUGUCUCUGUCUGAUGAUCUGACCAGCCUGCGGUACACAGAGGAGGAGGAGCGUCUCCCUGACAACCCAGAGAGGUUCUGUUACUAUGAGUGUGUUCUGGGUUCCGAGGGCUUCAUCUCCGGACGACACACCUGGGACGUGGUGGUGGGGGUGAACAGCGAGUGGGCUGUGGGCGUGGCACGGGAGACGGUCCCGAGGAAGGAGUGGUUCCCCCCGAGCCCAGAGAGGGGCCUGUGGACCAUCUGUUACUAUGGAGGUGAAUAUCACGCCCGCACAGCCACCGCCACCGCCACCCCCUGGUCCUGAAGAGAAGGCCCCAGGAGGUCAGAGUGCAGCUGGACUGGGACAGAGGCAGGGUCACCUUCUCCGACGCCUCAGACAACACGCUCAUCUACAGGUUCAAACACAAGUUCACCCAGAGAGUGUUCCCUUACUUCUCCAACACCUGCAAGAGACAUCCUCUGAGGAUCUCAGCCGGGAAGGUGUCAGUUACAUCAGACUAGCCUCCUUCAUUAAGAGCUGAUUUGGUAAACCUAUAGUUAGGGGCAUUAAAAAGCCGUUGCUACAGAACAGGUAAAAACAUUUGCUUCAAAGUGGAUGCACCUAUGCUGCUGCAAAGGCAUUUCUAAAAAGUAUAUUUUUUAUGCAGCUAUACAGUGGGGAAAAUUUUUAUUUAGUCAGCCACCAAUUGUGCAAGUUCUCCCACUU